AGAAAUAAAGGAUUCCUUGCCGUGUGAUGAAAGGAGGUAAAAUUUUCUCAUUUUGGUUGAAGUGUGGAAGUGAAAUAUUUUUCAUUUUUCUAAAAAGAUCACGCGAAUUACGACCUAUCACGCAAUUGCUAAUUGCAUUAAGGUAUUAUGCGCUUGGAUCUUUUCAACUAGCAAUCGCGGAUUUUUCAGGGGUUUGUAUUACAAGUGUACACGUUGUGUUGAAACGUGUGUCCAGAGCUCUUGCCGAACUUUCCCCACGGUAUAUUCAAAUGCCCCAAACGCAAAACGAGCGCUUGAAAGCAGCUAAAGAAUUUUUUGCAGUGGCAAAGUUCCCUCGGACUAUUGGUGCAAUAGAUUGCACCCAUAUUCGAAUUCAAUCGCCAGGUGGAACAGAUGCAGAAAAUUUCAGAAAUCGAAAAGGGUGGUUCUCGUUGAACGUCCAGACGGUGUCUGCAGCUAAUUUAAAAAUUAACGAUAUCGUGGCUCGGUGGCAGGGGUCUGCUCAUGAUCAGCGAAUUUUCAACAUGUCGAGUCUAAAGAAACGGUUUGAAGACGGAGAGUUCGAGCAUUUUAUCCUUGUUGGAGAUUCGGGCUAUACAAAUACCACCUUUCUUGCAACACCAUUUCUCAAUGUCACAAACGCAGUAGAAAACUUGUAUAACGAAUCACAAAUUCGAACUCGCAAUUGUGUGGAACGUUCAUAUGGCGUUUGGAAAAGGCGGUUUCCAGUUUUAGCAACUGGAUUGAGGUGUAGGCUUGAAACUGUUCAAUCAGUAAUAGUGGCUUGUGCCGUUCUCCAUAACAUUGCCAUCGACCAAAACGAAUCGCAACCGCCACCGGAGAUGCAUGAUUUUGCUAAUAUGCUGGCCGCUACAGAUGUUCCUUCAGAUACGCUUUUGGGAUCAGCUUCCGCAACUACUCAUAACGUUCGCGCUCGAUUGGUGCGUUCAUAUUUUCAGCCAAUGUUAGAUAGCUAAAUAUGAUAUUUUAAAACUUAAUCUUCACAUGAAAACUCAAUAAAAAACAUUGG